CUGCCCCACUUGCUGUUAACUUUACAGCGAUGUUUGGAACGCGCCAGCCCUGGCUUACAUUACGAGGAAUUAAGGAAAAUAAAUUGCACAAAUUGGCAAAAAACGCAUUAUUGUUAAACUAAAGCCUCGCUAAUUUAACAGCUGCUAACCAUUUCAGAGAGCCGCGCUGCGCGACGCCCAAAAGCGAAAUAAAAAUACGAAACCAAACCAAACAAAAUAGCCACAACAGUAGAGCUGAGCUAGCGCUGGGAAAACCUCUUGGUCGACAACGUGGAACCCGAUUUCGGUUUCAGUCGAGAGUCAGCCUUCAGCAGAGCGCCACAGCGAGCAUUAGCUGCCCCCCAGUUUCGUUUCGGCGUCCGUAUCUCAUUUGGUUUUCACUUACGUUUCACGGCUUUCGUUGGCACGCCCGCGCUAAUUAAUCCGCAGAUAUAUCCAGCAGUAAUCGGGCCAAAUGCCGUACAUAAUCAUACGGGGGAAUCUAGCCUCCUACAGCCACAAAUAUCCAUGGAGGGUGCUCGUCUCCGGGUUGAAAGCUGACGACAUCGAGCAGUUGAACAAGUUCUCCUGCGGCGGCUACAGCGACGAAUCCACCAUCGUCUACCUAGUGCAUCCUUGUCGGAUUCUAUCGGCGCUAGAAAUCCUGGGAUUUCGCGUAGUGGCCAGCUCAUCGACUGCCGUGAAGCAGGACUACAACGAGUACAUGUGGACGAUGCGCAAGGAGUUCGACGAACCAGAACCCUUGGAAGCCGAGUCCGUGGUGCGAGAGAAUCUAUCGAAUAUUGGCCGCGAGGCAGCCAGUUUAGGCAACUAUCACAAGGUGGAUUCGCCUGAAUAGAGACGCAUCCCAUCCAAUCUAAAACAAACAAAAAAAAAAAAGAGCAGCAAUCAACCAAGAACUCUACUCUAGUUGUAUAAUUUAGUGUGUGUGAAUUGUGUGCGUGUUUCGGUGUGAAAAAAGAAAAGAAAUUAACUAUAGUAACCUAGGGAAUUUUGUUCCAUAACAUACUCUGAGCAAAGAAGGUGACCAAGCGAGUCCCCGCAGACGAACGAACUAUGAGUGAGGGCGCAACCGGGCUGAAGGAACCUCAGAAUCUCAA